AGACUAAUGGAUCGGUUCGGUCACGCACUAUAGCAACCGGGGAGCAUCUGUGAUCUGAGUCUGCAUCAGAUGUGCUGUCAAUCUAUCUGACGCAUCUUCCUUUUUUAAUUCACCCAAAAACUCCUCAUUUCGUUUGAAAAAUGUCAAAGGGACUGUCGGGUUUCUCUGUCCGUGAUAUUUUGGAUCUGCAGGAGACGAACGAUGAAGAAUCAGUGACUGAUGACACUGAAGAUGAGGCGGACGAAGAACAUCGUCAGAAUGAAUGUGGAAACCAGCAGGCAUCCAUCGGAGACGCGCUUUGGAUCCAGUCUAAAUGUGGUCACCAAUAUUCAUCAUCUCCAGAGUGUUCAACGCCAGAAGUACCCACGGAUGAGUGUCAUGAUGCGCACGGGGAAGGUUCGGACAACUGUGCCGAGAAAAGACGCAAACGAAGAAUUUUAUUCUCAAAAGCACAAACGUUCGAGUUGGAAAGACGCUUUAGGCAACAGAGAUAUUUAUCAGCCCCCGAGAGAGAACAUCUCGCCAAAGUUUUGCGUUUGACUCCAACACAAGUGAAGAUUUGGUUCCAGAAUCAUCGGUAUAAAGUGAAAAGAGCCCGGGCGGAGAAAGGACUGGACCCGGGUUAUCUGGCGUCUCCACGGCGCGUGUCUGUUCCCGUUCUGAUGAGGGACGGCAGACCGUGUCAUCUAUUUCAUUUACCGGACAUGUUGGCUUCUGGUCCGGCAUGUGGACCAUUUUCGGCUUUUAGUAUGAAACAAUUUCCUGAGAUACACUACAGUAAUAAUCAUUUACGCGCAAACUUCAUGACGCACCUGACAGCUGUCAAUCAUCCGUCGCACCUGCAACCGUGGACGUGGUGAGCUUGACGAAACCUGCAAUAUUUUACGUGGCUUAAAAGGACAC